CCAUACUGUACCCAUGCUCGUCCAUUAGUACCCCACCAAGCGGGGGAUUAUUAUGUAGUACGUAGCGGAGGACAGGAAGACCUCGACUGCUCGACUCUUGGUACCUGGAUCAUUGGUGGACUUGAGCACAUGCUGGAGGUCCCUUGUGUCUUUGCCCCCUGCACUUUUGGCGGUGAUCCAUGUGGUAUUUGAUGAGAUGGGUAUUCAACAUGGUAAAUGGCUUUACCCCAAAGACCUUGAUCAAUGAAUUGGGCUUAUUGUGCAUGUCAAUGUUCUUCUGAUCCUGGUUGAGUUGCAUAGUUUGGUAGUAUGCUGUCGUCUUGGCUUGGCUGACUCUGCCAAUACAACUCCUCUCCAUUUCCCCUGGAUCUUUAAUUACCAGCCUGCCCCCCCAUUAUCGUUAACCAAAUCCUUGACUUUUACCGCAAAGAACUGUAGCGUGCUGCAGCUAAUCCAGGCUACCUACGGAUACCUACCUCAUCUAUUCAUCUGCAUACGACCAGCCUGCGCCAUUUCCAACUGGUCGUCGACGCUGUAUCCGUCCGUAUUAUCGUACCUCGUUUGUAGUCGGUCUAGGACUUGGCUACUAUAGCACCUCUUUAGUCCAUCACCGCCGCCACCCUAAAAGAACCUUCGUCUCCUGUCCUGUCCUCUCACCAACCAACGGAUACCUACUCAUUAUCCGAUCCCGUAGGGACCUGACCUGACGGGCCGCGACAGCAGCAGUCGUCGUCAUAAACCCUGCGUUACCCACAAAUAUAUGAGAUUGGGGAAUCUUCCUUCCUAGCUCUGGCUCCCUCAGAUCGUAUUUUACUCUCUGGUCGUUCAUAUCUCGUUAUCUCGUUAUACGGUCGACCCAUUCCGUUUUCCAUCUCAGCCUCUUUACUAACCCGCACUAUCAUCUGUGCCCAUUGAGUGCCCUGUGCAAACCCCUACCCACCUACCUAGACAAAAACCCAGUGACCACCCCGUUUUAUCUACAGUGUCUAGUGCCCGCCGCAACUCUCUGUGAAACAUCGUCUCGCGCCCCUUUUAUCAUCCACGAUACCCUUGGUAUAAGGUCGAUCACUCCCCCAAAACAGAGAGACAAAGGGAAAGGGAACGAGCCCCAGGGCUAGCUGUCACUUUUUUUGGUUGACAGAAUUGCGUUCUCAUUCUCAUUUUCAUUCUCUCACAUUCCUGCCCUUCAACUUUUAGGACCAAAGGGGUCCUUUUCCAAGGGGGGACUCGUUAGCCAAGUUUCUAGCUCACUCACUGGGAUCGGCAGAGCACCAGAGCAAUCAGCCCCAAACAGCAAACGUCUCCGGUCGCUCAGGAACGCCUCUUACGAACUUAACCUCCAACGACCGGCCCCUUCGGUUUCAGCUUUACGGCCACCUUCAAGCAAAGACGAAGCGUUUCUACUUUUACAUACCUACAUUCUUUGCCAUUCGGCCAUUGUGUUGCGCUACGUUGCGCUCUAUUGCCCUUUGCGCACCGUUCUGGCCACUGCUGGCGUUGGCCUAGUCAGUACAGGCGCAGCGCCUCUUGCGCCCAAAAAAAGAACGACCACCAUCUAUCUCGCCAAGUCCAAUCUCAUUUACACCACAGUCCUCACCCUCACCAAUUCUUGCUUUCAGCCUUACUCGUUUUCCUUCUCAAUUCGGCUGUCCACCCUUCGGUAUCGGCAUCAUCUUCAGCUUCGACUAUCAAUCUGCUCAUUCUUGGGCUGGACCCCUUUCUCUCCGCUCCCUUGCUUUAUGUCUCCGUGUCUUUUGGUGUAACAAUUGUCUUCCUCUGUCCAUUGUUCUCUUCAUAUAAUCGUGCUGGUCGUUUCAUACACAUCAUCCCAGUUGAAAGCCGGCCAAGCGAAGCAACUCUUAUGCCCGGUACACUGUAUACAAAGCGACGGCCACCAACAUGUCUCUUCCCGUCGCAAUUCAAUCCGCUGUCUUCUAUAUUCUUGCCUGCACACCAUGCGCCCAAGUUCGUCAUCGGCAAAAGGUUCGUGAACAGUCUCGGAAGGAGCGUGAGGAGAAGGCCAAGGUGGUGGGCGAGCAACCUGAUGUAUACCAGCAUCCCUCACCGUUUAGUACAAACCCGUAUUGGCAAGAGGAGAUUAGCAUGGGGCCAUCUUUACCACAAAAGAAAUCUGCCAGCAAGAAUUCUAGUCAGCGUGGCCUCACAAGUCAGGGCGGAGAGAGCAGUGCAUUCAGCGUAUCUGAGCAGACACAUCAAGGAGGGAGCCGCAUCAACUUUGGCGCUAGCAAUUCCGUCAUUGCGGAGGACGACAAUCUCUCCGACGAUUGGAACCGGCGACAUGGAUAUCAGCGAGAGGAUGAGGAGCUAUGGGGCCAAUGGGGCGGCCAAAAGUUCAAGGACGCCAUAUCAAAAGCACGGGAUUCUGCCGGUCGAUUAAUCGAAUCUACACUCGGACUCGAAAGGGAGGUAACAGAACAGCAACGGCACGACUUUUACUUCCCGAAGAAUCCUCCCAUCAACGAGUACCACCCUCCCGUCGUCAGCAGCAAGAUUCCUUCGCGAAAUGCCCAUCAAUGGAUGCUGCAGCCUCCGCCGCCAGCCAAGGUCAUGGAAGGCAAGGUGCCUGUUAGCCGGGCCGGGAGCUCAGGGAGCAAAUCGAGCGGCAGGACAUUGGUUGGAGACGAUAUGCAACUUGGCCGACUUGUUCAUGAGAAGCUUGUCAUGGAGAAGCUGAAGAAGGAAAACAGCAAUCCUACCGAAACCGAACUCAUCGAAUCCCUCUUCCUCAACCGCACCAGCCAGUCUCUCUCUGUCCACCGAACUCGAAGCCUUUCAUUCGACACAUCAGACGACUCGCUCGACAGUGGCUUCGCCAAGCGAAAGACACGCCUGCGACCGGUUGCCGCACCGCCAGGAUAUGAUUCUUCUGACGAUUCAGAUUCUGACACGCCCAUUCCAUUCUCGCAAAGUGCUAUGAACCUGGGAACCCGCCGAACACCCUCGAGUGCGGGACAUGCCGCGCAACGACCAAAGCUCGAGACUAUCAUGAGCACAAGGUCCGCGACUGCCACCCGGAUGUCCUCAAAGCGAUCUAAGCGACAAAAGUCCACUCGAUCCAAGAGGCUUUCAGGUGCCGCCUCCCCUGUUGGUGACGACACUGACUGAGUCGGAUUCGCGUGAAACAAGCGCUCAAGCCACAGCGCAUAAGAUACGACAACCCCCACGUCCUCAUCGCCUCUUCACGACCGUUUCACUCUUGCGACCUAACUCAUCGCGGUCUUGUCUCUUCUCUGUUUCACAUGUCUUUGGUAUCCUUUAGCAUCGUUAUCUUCACCGUCUUCUCCAGUACAUUGUUUCAGCUCAUGUUGUUUCAGUUGUUUUAUAAGCAUUUAUAUGGGACCGGUUUUGGUUUAGCAUUGGGCGGCAUAGCACUUGGGCGUUGGAGCAGGCUACAUGAUUUAUCUUUUCUUUGUCUUGGUUUUUGAAGCACCAAAAGGCCGGCGGCGAGACGUGCUUUGAAACUGUCGAAUGACGUAUAAAUAACACUGCGGCUUCACUACGCAGCCUUAAAAGCAGAAGUCCUCAGCAAAACACCAGCUGAGAUCGAAAAAUAGCAAAAUUGUGUUUUUUUAAAAAAAAAGACCCUACUUCCUUGUCUGUG